AUGGCUAGCCAGCAGAUUCAAGAUACUCCGCAGCGACAACCAACUCACCCCGAGGUCUCAGAGUUCAUGGUGAAGAGAUUGGAUGGGAAAACCGUGUCAGCUUUGAAUGCCACCUCAAGCUCGGGAGUUGUUUUCAAUGGUCUGAUCGAUGAAUGGGUUCCAGAGCGAGAUGAUGAUAAUGAACAUAACUUCAAUGAGAUAUACAGUCGCUGCGUCGAAGCUCAGAACUCGCUGAUCACCACGGCGAAUAAGUUUUGCAAGAAGCGCAAGCUCCCCAGCAUCGGCCAUGCGAACAUAAACUCGUGGGACGAAGUCGAAGAAUCAGUGUUGAAUGCCUGCAAUGCCCUGGAAAAGCUGUCUGAGCGGGACAAAAACGUGCCAAAAGGCUUGACAGGGAGGAUGAGGAGUGCAUUUCGAACACUCUGUCAACACUCUGGGGCUGGCAUGACCUUAUUGAACCUUGUGCCAACUGACUCUUACUGCUCAGUACUAUGCGGAGGUCUGAAGGUCAUCUUUACUGGUCUUCAGCAGACAGGCACCUAUCGACAAGAGAUCUACAAGGCUCUCGAGGAACUGCCGCUGGUCUUAAAUGACCAUGCAGCGAUGAUAGACCUCAACAAGAAAGACGAGCAGCUUCAUAGACGGGCAGCGGUGUUAUAUACCUCGCUAUUCAGGCUUAUGGAGCUUAUCUUGGCCUGGUUCUUGAAGAACCCACUGGCCACUGUGGCCAAAAUUACCGUCAACCCUUCCGGGUUCUCUGAUCGACUGAAGGACAGAAUCGCCGAAGUCAAACUAGCAACUCAACAUUUCGGCUCUCACACUGCCAUAAUCUCCGCAAAGAGCCAACGACAAAUUCUGCAACAAAACCAUUCCAUCAUGUACAUGCAAGGGCAGAGCAUGCACAUGUCUCAGCAGAUCAUGGGCGGUAUCGAGGAAAUAAAUUCGCGUCUUCUUGUGCUCGAGAGACUGAAACCAUUCCUUGAGUGUCAACAAGACGCACUAGAGGACCGCAGACGGCAUGUGCUCCGCCAGAAAUCAAAGCCCAAACUCAUCAGCCCAGCUCCAGACGUCAGCGAUAUUUUGAAACGAUAUCUGUACGACCCAGAACUCAUUCCCACCGACUGCGAGAACGUUCUUAAAAUCCCACUGAGAGCCGGGCACGACAUCGAGGAAGACCGCGUCGUGGCUAUUCAGAACCAUCCACGUUUCAAUGCAUGGCUGGCCCUCAACGAAUCCUCCCUGCUCUUCAUCAACGCAAAUUCAGAUCCGACGUCAAAUCUCGAGAUGUCGGUAGUCAGCGCCAAAACCUUCCAGCGGGCUAUUGAUGUUUCCAACGAACAGAAAGGCUCAGCCACGGAACUGAUACCACUGGCAUUCUUCUGCAGCCAACACCGAGACUACCGUAAAGACGAGAAUGGACAUCCGGCAGAACUAGCUAUGAGCAUGCUUCUGCAACUGCUAGACAGCCAUCGCGAUUUCGACUCGGAAGACUUGGAAGUAGUCAUGGAUGAACUAAAUCCCCAAGACAUCACAAGCAUCUGUGCGAUGUUCGGCUUCUUUUUGGCAAAACUCCCUUCCAAUGCAAUCGUGAUACUCAUUGUGGAUGGCUUGAGGUUCUUUGCACAACCUGCGGAUCGACGCAAGCGGAUGGGCGAAGUGGUUGAGCACUUGGUUGAAAUCUAUCGGCAGCAGUCUGCAGCAACAUUAAAGUUCCUGUUUGCCAAUUCGACAGAAGCAGACUUUGUCGAGCACUUAUUAUCAGAUGAUGAGGUGUUGAGGAUCCCGAGGGACUUGAUUAGAGUCGGAGGAUAUAGCACUUGGAUGUGGAAGAGGCCGGUUGCUAUGAAACGCCCAGAACAUGGUGGAGAGGGUGGGAGCGAAAGCGACUGA